CUGUCCGCUGCAAACUUUCCUCAUCUUCCGGUACUCUGGACUGUAGCGCAGACACACACACAGUGCACAGAGUCAACACUUUUGGAGACGGGAGGCAAGAAGAAGAAUAAAGAGGGAAGCGGCAGUGAUAUGUUCACAGCCAACAAGGAAACCCGUUUUGUUGCGUUUUUCUGACAGGAAUUCCUCGCUGUCGCCCGUAGCGACGCAAACCGACAAGCGGAGAGACGUCGACUUUUUAAGCAACAGUCCUCAGGAGAUCCUCUACAUGUGACAGCGCCUGAGUCGAGCCAGUUAACCUGACCGCAGGGUUUUUGGUUGCAGACACCAUGCCUCAGGCUGCAGAAAUAAUCAACCUGGGCUUCCUGACCGAGAAUGAGCAGGAGCUGAUCCUGGAGGUGCUGCGACGGGACGAGGAGCUGAGACGGGCUGAGGAGCAACGUGUGCGGAAGUUGAAGACGGAGCUGCUGGAUGUGAAGAGGAAAGGGGCCAAACGUGGCAGUGGAAGAUACAGUCAGCGUAGUUGUGGCAGAUGCCAGAAGCCUCUGAGUCGUCUGACUGUUUUCUCCAGCCAGUGUAAGAUGUGCCAUCACCUCGUGUGCCGCAACUGCCAGACGGGCCUCAGCGAUGGAUCCUGGCUGUGCAGUGUGUGUGCCAAAGAGUCGGAUCUGAAGAAAAUGACAGGUGACUGGUUCUACGAUCAAAGGGUCAACCGUUUCUCCACAACGCCUGGACAUGACCUCGUCAGAGUCUCACUGAAAAAGAGGCCUCUGUCGAAGAAGCGGGAGACAACUGGAGAAUUGCUGUUGAGAAGUAACGAACUGAACCCAGAUCCUCCCACUCCUGUACCCCGGGCCAGGCAAAAAAAUCAGACCGCUAAUAACAAAGAUCAUUCAAGCGGAAAUUCAGGAUCCGUUGCCUCCAGAGAAUCAUUUGAAUCAAAGGAGGACAUUUGGUCAAAGCCAACACGCAGUGACACGGAGUCUGUCGAAACUGCCAGUGUAAUUAGCAGUAAAACUGAGACAGAGUCUGGUCGUGUCACACCUGAGCAGCCCAGGAGAGAGAACCUCUCAGUUCAGUCCAGCCCAGCAGGAUCCAGUGUUCCCACUAUGGCCAUUCCACUCAAAGCAGAUAUUGUUGAGGAUGAGAACACCAGCACAGACGCUUGCAAGGCCCCAGAAGUAAAAUCGGUCAGUCCAAGCCCAGAUUUAGAUGUUGACAGACUCUUCAAGAAGAGCGUCAAACGAGACCCAAGGCCUACUGCAGAGUAUGUAUCGACACUGGACCUGCGCGAUGGACCUGACACAUCAGCAGCCUCAAUGGGCAACAGGAGCCAUUCUGUACCAGGCCUGGACAUACAGGAAGAUGGAGAGGAGGAGGAGGAAGAUAUCGACAGCUUGGUUAGCUUUCACAAAAGGACAAUGACUUCAAGCUCCUCCAGCCUGCACAGCUCGAAGAGCACACUGGGCAGCCUGAUGAGUAUUUACAGUGAAGCAGGAGACUUUGACAGUGUGGAGGUGACCGGAGACGUCGUCUUCUCUUUGAGCUAUGAUGAACACACCAAGAGCCUCCAGGUUUUCAUCCAAGAGUGCCAUGGGCUGGCCUACGGUGAUAUCUCACGGCGGAUUUCCAACCCCUAUGUCAAAUGUUAUCUGCUCCCUGACAAAUCUCGCCAGAGCAAAAGGAAGACCGGCAUUAAGAGAAACACAGUCAGUCCUGUCUACAAAGAAACACUGAAGUACUCUAUCAGCCGCUCUCAGCUGUCAACCCGCUCCAUGUUGAUCUCAGUCUGGCAUCAUGGACGCCUCAGCCGCAACACUUUCCUGGGAGAGGUGGAGAUUCCUCUGGACUGCCGAGACCUCGAUUCCCCCGACAUAGACUGCGUGGCUCUCAGGCCGAGGGCAGCCUCUGCUAUGCCAGCCUCAGCUUUUGCUCAGUAUAAAGGAGAGUUGGUGAUUUCCUUGAAGUAUGUCACACCUAAAAAGCCAACAACUGAGAAAAUCAAAGGCAAAAAGGCGAUGACUGCAGAAGGGGGAGAACUGCACGUCCUAAUUAAAGAGGCAAAAGAUUUGGUGGCCAUGAAAUCAGGAGGAACAUCAGAUAGCUUUGUAAAGGGAUACUUGUUCCCAGCUAAGGCAAAGACCACGAAGAGGAAGACUCCGGUCGUGAAGAAGAACCUGAACCCCCACUAUAACCACACGUUUGUGUACAAGGAGUUGGCUCUGGAGCAGCUGAAGGAGAUGUGUCUGGAGCUGACUGUUUGGGACAGAGAGGCCAUGUCAAGCAACGAGUUCCUGGGAGGAGUCCGGCUCAGCUCGGGAAAAGGCCCUAUAAAAAUGGGAAAAGAGGAAGUGGAAAUGGACUCGGUUGGAGAGGAAGUCAGUCUGUGGCAGAAAAUGAUGCAGUACCCCGACUCGUGGGCAGAGGGCACUCUUCCACUGCGUUCCACCAUGGAGAAGGGUAAGGGCAAAUAAGGACGGCACAGGCCUCGAGGCUCGAAGAAAAUCCAGAGACUGAUAUGGGGAGAAGCUGUUUGUGGAUCAGUUUUACUUUACAAGCUUAUGAGACCAGAAGCUGGACUACUGACGUGAACGAGCACACAGCUGAUCGGCUCUAAGCUGACACGACGCUCCACCUGCCUGCUGAACACUAAACAUCUGUCCACGCCUGCGUCCCUGUAAGGGUUGUUAUUGAGCACGCCUCCCCCCCCCGGCUGCAGACUGGUGUAACCGUUAACACAGUCAUUUUGUGUUUUUGAAAUUCAGGCUGCAUCUAUUCUUGCAGUUCAAAAACAUGCACAGCACACAGCACUUAGCCCAGAUACGCUGUCAUAAUGUGUCACCCUUUAUUAUAUAAUAGUGUACAGAAUUACACAGAAAUGUGGGAAACAAUUCAACACAAACUGGUAAUACGCAGAAUUCAUAGUGUUGCUUCUAACAAGUUGGGCUUAGAUCAAUCUUGAAUUUUGCAUUAAAACUAUCAUGUAAAAAUUAUAUUUAUAUAAAUUGUUUUCAGAGAUCUUAUUUGAAGUUAUUAAAUGUAGAUUUUUAACCUCUUGGAGUGUGAUUAAUCAGUGUCAUGUUCACCUCAAGGAUGCUUUUAAUAUUUCAUUCACCCAAUAAAAACUGACGCAUGUGAUUAUCUCAGCUCUGUGUUACACUCAAAUACCAGCUGGAUUAAAAAAUAUUGUCCAUCCA